AUGGCGCAGGGUACCGAAGACGAAAAGCCCGUUUUCUUUUUCGACAUUGAUAAUUGUCUCUAUCCACGAAGCAAGAGGGUCCAUGAUAUGAUGAAAGAGCUAAUCAACAAAUACUUCCGCGAGCAGCUUGAUCUUGAUCGAGCAGACGCUACCCUUCUUCAUGAAUCAUACUACAAGAACUACGGACUAGCUCUCGAGGGCCUUGUGCGCCACCAUAAGAUCGACCCUCUUGAGUACAAUCGAGUAGUCGACGAUGCCUUACCGCUCGAAACCGUGCUACACCCCGAUACUGAAUUGCGAAAGUUAAUUCAAGACAUCGACAGGAGCAAGAUUAAGCUAUGGCUAUUCACCAAUGCAUAUAUUAAUCACGGAAAGAGGGUUGUUAGGUUGUUAGGAAUUGAUGAUUUGUUCGAUGGUAUCACGUACUGCAAUUACGGGCGCGAGACUUUAAUCUGCAAGCCUAAACUUGAAAUGUACGAACAAGCCAUGAAAGAUGCAGGCAUCACUGAUCGCUCUAAGUGCUAUUUCGUGGAUGAUGCUGCCAUAAAUUGUGAAGCUGCCAUCCGCUUUGGCUGGAAGAAAACAGUCCAGAAGUUGGAGCCCGGUGACCCAGAGCCUGAACGGCCUGUAGCAGCACACCAUAUUCGAAGUUUAGAGGAGUUAAGAGAUAUCUUCCCGGAGAUAUUUAAAAGGUAG